CAAAAAAGAAAUAAAUAAGCAAUCAAAGUCCUGCAAUGGCGGUAGCUGCUGCCAUUAAUUCACACUCGCCUUCCUCUUCCCAAACCACUUCCCUUCUUCUCUCUCUCUCUCUCUCUAUAUCUCUCUCCUCCUCCUCCUCUUCUCUUCAAUUCCACCGCCAACCAACUCAAACCCUAGAAAACGAAACAACCGUCUCGAUCUACACCAAUGGCGACGCCCUCGAUCUUCGCGCUAGCGGCGGUGAUAAUCGCGAUUCACGGCAUUGCAGGGGCGGUGGCGCAGGCUCCGGCGCCGGGGCCAGCGGUUGCGACGGACUGCUUCACGACGCUGCUGAAUAUGUCGGAUUGCCUGUCGUACGUGUCGGCGGGGAGCAAGGACGUGAAGCCGGACAAGCAUUGCUGCCCGGAGCUGGCGGGGCUGGUGGAGAGUAGCCCUAGCUGCCUCUGUCAGCUGCUUAGCGAUCCUAAUAAAGUUGGGUUAACCAUUGAUGUCGACAGAGCUAUGAAGCUUCCUUCCGCCUGCAAUGUCUCCACUCCUCCCGUCAAUCUCUGUUCUCUUUUGGGAUUUCCGGUGGGAUCAAAUAGUCCCGGAUCAGCCCCAGCACCAGCACCAGGACCAGGUGUUCAACCACUGGACGAUGGAGGCUCCGCCACCCCCGGUACCCCGGGAAGCAGCGGGAAUAGGGCUUCGAGCAUCAACCGCCUUCAUCUCGCAUUUCUGCUUGGCAUAGCCUUGGGAUUUCUUUCGACGCUUCUCUAACCGAGAUAUCUUUGAUUGUCUGUUAUUGUUUGCCAAUUCUUCUGUCUUUCCUUUUCAGUUCAUAUGUAGUAUUGUACUGAGAUAUUUUCAUGAUUGUUAGGCAAUAAAAGUUUCUAUUGAAAUAUUUUGUUGAAA